GCUUUUUCGAAAACUGUAAUUUCACUGGUUUUCCUUUCGCAUCCAACUCUGCAAGCGAUCACAAGGAAAAUAUAGACGUUGGAUAUAAGACGGAUUCGAGUUUCGAAUUGCGAAAAACAGGUUGGACGCAUGCGCGGAUUCGACCAAUGUCGUGGUGCGUGACUGUCUCGCUCGAGAUCGCUAGGGAUGCGCCGUUCAUUUGUCGAUAGGGGAUGAAGGAUAAAAAAGGUUGGUUAUGUAAAGUCUUAUCGAUUUACAGUAGUCGAGCCAAACGAGUAGCUAAAAAUUUCUGAAUAUACUUAGUAGGUAAUAAAUAGUAUUAAUGCUAAGAUUAAUGUUUUGGAAAUUCAUAAAAAUGUUCUAUGUCUAUAAUUUGGGUUACGGGUUAAUGAAGUUUUACUAUAGGUAUUAUACCUAUAGUAUAGUUGUGGAAACAAAGAUGACGUAUAAGAUUAAGAAAUUAAGUAAGUUAUAUCCACAUGAAAGCCCUGCUCUUGUUCAAAAUUGAUUAAAUCUACAUAACAUAAGAAUACUAACUUUAACGACAAGACUACCUAUUGUGCUACUAAUCAGUUGUUAUAAGCCCCAGCUAUUCAAAACAAAGAAAUGAUUUUGAUUAAAAGAAAAACAGGAACGCCGUGCAACAUUGCAAGCUCAAGUCGACACGGCGCCACCCUAUCGGUAGAUUUCCACAUCGCUCAGUGCGAUAACAUGUUCGGGCGAAGCAGCGGGAACGCGGGCCUUCGCCCUCUCCCGCCGUCGCGGAAUUCAAAUUUCGAAUAGCCAAUUUUAAAAAUUCUGUACAUAGACAAUUAAAACUUUUGGCAAAGUUUUUAAAGUUGAAAUUGAGUGAGUGAAGUUUAAUCUUAAACAACUUCAUCGUGUUUUGAUUAAGUUUAUUUAGAAGAACAAAUUAUGUGAAAAUUGCGUGUAAAAUGACUUGGCAGUUGAAGGGGGGCUAUGGGAUUUCUUCUUUAUAAGAUGUCGAGGGAACACAACAAACGGUUGUGCGCAAAUUACAAAUACAUAAUGAGAUAGUUAUUUAAGUGCCAAAAGUGAAAAAAACUACUUCUUGAAAAGUGUAAAUAAAGUUUUAAAAAAUAUGUAUACAAAAAGAUUUUGAUGCCAUUAGAGAAGCAUGAAAUUGAGCGUGAGCGCAUACCGCGCGCACGCGUCUGCGCACAAGAAGAUCCUGACAUCGUCGUACCAGCAGCACUACGGGAGCACCGCCGCGCCGCCCAUCUGUAACCCGCCGACUAACUUCACGCCUAAGGCAGAAGAAGGCAAUUCUCGGACAUCAGAAGGAGAAGACAACGAUGGGAGUGAGAUCAACGCAGGUUCCUCAAGAGUUCUCUCUGCUGCUACGUCUAGAGAAGACGAUGAUGACUCCAGCAACAAUGCGAGCAGCGACUGCAAGAGCCCGGGCCAAAGGCGACCGAUCAUUGCAUCGAGCUCGUCAAGCUCUCACAAGUCCAUGCAGAUGCAGGACACAGGGCACGAGAGAGAGGAAUCUGACCCUGACAAACGGGGGCAUAAAUGGAGGCACGUCCAAGCUGUCAUGGCAUACUACCAGGCUCUCAGGAAAAUAAAAAGAACAAAGUCGAACCAGCGAUGGAUGAAGCUACGGACCACAGUCCAGUUGAGCUCGGCGAUGCAAAUGAAAAAACCUCCCCUGAAGAGAGAAGACUCCUUCCUGAAGAAAUUCUCCACUCGCCACAUACCAGAAACACAGGAAACUGUAGAAGAUACAGGGUCGGAGGGGGCGACCGGUGACCACAGGUCGACGAACCGACAGCGGCGGAGGAAAGUGCGAGCGCCGAGGACCGUUGUCAACCCCGAUGAGAACUUCUAUUUCUAUUGGCUGUGGGUCAUCACUGCGUGCGUGUUGUAUAAUCUGUGGACACUCAUUGUGCGGCAGAGUUUUCCCGAGUUGCAGAUAAUGUUCCACGUAUUCUGGCUGACGUGCGACGGCAUCAGCGACGCAGUGUUCGCGCUUGACCUGGUCGUGCAACUGCGUACGGGAUAUCUGGAACAAGGGCUCAUGGUGUAUGACUCGAAGAAAUUAGCCAAGCAUUAUUUAACGUCGCGCUCCUUCCUGCUCGACAUCGCUUCGCUGACACCCCUGGAUCUGCUGCAGCUCAAAAUUGGUGUCAACCCUAUUAUUCGCUUUCCUAGAUUUUUUAAGGUAUACAGAGCAGUAAGCUGCUACUACAUCGUGGAAUCCCGGACGGUGUACCCCAACUUCUGGCGCGUCAUCAACCUCAUCCACAUCCUGCUGAUCCUGGCGCACUGGUUCGGCUGCUUCUACUUCCUGCUGUCUGAGGCUGAGGGCUUCCAGGGUGAUUGGGCCUACCCCCACCGGCCUGGAGAUUACGCCACGCUCACUCGCAAGUACCUGGGAUCCCUCUACUGGUCCACCCUCACACUCACCACCAUCGGAGACCUCCCCACUCCGGAGACCAACGCCGACACGGCAGGAGGCCCCAAAUUUCUGCCGCGACGCGGACUCAAGUCCCGCCUUCUGCAGUUCAAGUCUAACCGAGGAUACGUGUUUACAAUAGUAAGCUACUUGAUCGGUGUGUUUAUUUUCGCUACCAUUGUUGGGCAAGUGGGCAAUGUCAUCACGAACAGGAACGCCAAUAGGCUGGAGUUUGAGAGACUGCUUGACGGUGCAAAGACUUACAUGAGGCACCAUAAGGUUCCAGGAGGCAUGAAGCGGCGGGUGCUCCGUUGGUACGACUACUCCUGGUCGCGAGGCCGAAUUCAGGGUGGUGGUGACAUCAACACAGCCCUAGGCCUCCUGCCUGACAAGCUCAAGACAGAACUCGCAUUGCAUGUCAAUUUGAGCGUUCUUAAAAAGGUUACAAUUUUCCAAGAGUGCCAACCAGAAUUCCUGCACGACCUCGUAUUAAAGAUGAAAGCCUACAUUUUCACCCCGGGGGACUCGAUCUGUAGGAAAGGUGAAGUUGCCCGAGAGAUGUUUAUCAUAGCUGAUGGCAUAUUGGAGGUUAUAUCAGAAACCGGACGGGUCCUCACAACUAUGAAGGCAGGAGACUUUUUUGGUGAAAUAGGAAUUUUGAACCUAGAUGGACUUAAUAAGCGUACAGCAGACGUGCGUUCUGUGGGAUACUCUGAGUUAUUUUCGCUAUCUCGAGAAGACGUACUGGCAGCGAUGAAGGACUAUCCAGAGGCACAAGACAUUUUGCAGACUUUGGGAAGGAAGAGGUUACAAGAAGUAAAAAGCAUGUCAAGGCAAAAGGUCAAAGGUAAAGGCGAAAUCAGCCCUGACAAAGGUGGAGACGACAAAACGUCAAAAAGAAUAGUGCACAAACUCCGCAGUGAUGUCAAGGGUAUCCGAAAUGCUAUUCGUAGCAGGUCUAGAGCAGGUCGGCGUUCAGGUGAAUCACUGGAACUCCAAGCAUUAACAGGUGAAAAAAGAUCAUCUGUGGAUGGAAAAACUCUCAAAAGAAUGGCUAGGGUUGAAAGUGAUGACUCUCAACAUAUAAAUCAAGAUGAUACUGGAGAAACGACGUCCGGCAGUAAAAAUGGAGACAAAUGCAUAUCACCUAUUGGAGCCGGUCUACCAUUAUUGUCUAGAUUAAAAUUGCUGAAAGAAAAACAGGAUCGUGAGGAAAAAGCUGCAAAACAACGGCAUUCAACAUCGUCUGUUGUUUCACCUCAACCUCAACCGACACCAUCAACAAGUUCUGGGCCCCAAGGUGAACCCGAAGUCAUUGGUGCUGGAUUACCACUACUACAAAGGCUUUUACUACUUAAAGCCAAAGAAGAACGAGAAAAAAAUCAGCUAACCCCAAUGAAUAGCAAUCAAGCAUCAAGUUCAGAUACCAUUAGUCCUAGUUCCAUAAAAAGUCCUUUAAGCCCUACUAUAAAAACAUUAAGCCCCAUAAGAAAAGGUUCUGAAUCUAGUUCGCCAGGAAAACUUCAAAGUCCAACUGCAAAGAAUUCGCGGAAAAAUUCAUCGGGAUCUAGUGAUGGCACAUCAAGACCUAAAGUAAGCUUUAGAGAUAAAAUAUUACAAGUCCAAGGUGACGGCACGGCUGUUUGUCAACCACUCAUGAAAGAUUCCAGUGAAAAACCGGCAGCUGUCGUUGAGCCAACCCCAAAAACCGAAAGUAACUUAAUUUCGAUUCCCCAUUCAGUUGUCAGUAAAAUAAAGUCACCGGCUAAAGCAGUAGGAUCGACUUUUAGAGAUAAACUGAAGAUGUUACAAAGUGGAAGCUCCCCAAAAGAAUCUGGAGGAAGUUCGCCAAAGGAUUCAAAUAUUGAUAAAAGUAAAACGCAAUUACAAGAAAAAUCAUCAGCAGAAAUUUCACCUAUCCAACAAAGUGAACAUAAAGAAGAGACAAAACCUAAAAAACCGUGGACAAAAUUGAAAAAAGCCGCAAUCCUAGGAGAGUCUAAAAGUCAAAGUGUAUCAAACGAGGAAAAGAAGGAAAUUGAAAUUGUGAGCCAAGAAGUCAAAGAAGAGUGUAAGCCAGAGGCUGCUGUAAAUAUUUGCGUGCCUAUAGUUACAGCGGAGCUUGUUAGAAUAGACAAUAAUAAUGUUGACGUCGAUAGUGAUAAUGCUAAGCAAGAUAAACCUAAGAUAUGCUUAACAGGCCCUUUGGAAGCCGUCCAAGAAAAAUCUUUAGAUUUAUUAACAUAUUCUCCGAAGAAAAAUAUUGUCGCAAAACCGAGUGAUUCUAAAAGUGCUCACUUUACGGGAGGCAUGCUUUUGCCAAAAGCUAAGAAAUAUAGAUCCAUAGACGAUCUCUCUCCAGAAUAUGGAGGAUUACCAUUCGUAAAAAAAUUGAAAAUUUUGAACGAAAGGCAAAAAUUAGCAGAAUUAGAAAAAGUAGUUAAAUUUCGCAGUUCUAGCUUAGACUGCACUAGUUCUUCGGAAGACUUAUUAUGUGAUACUCUAACCCGAAGUCACUCUGAAGGCAGCACUAUGGAUAAAAGAAAAUAUAAACGAAAAUCAAUCGAUUCCCUUGGAAGUCAUGGAUCGAAUGAGACACUAGAAAGGCGAACACUCAAAUCCAUUCUUAAGAAGUUGUCAGAAGAUGUUACUCCUGCUGAAAGUCCUGAAAGGAGCAAUGAGUUUAAAAAACUUAUCCGAGCUCCAACGCUAGAGGGAUACGCAGCAAGACAUUCAAAGUUUUCUAAAAGUGUUACAUUCCACAGGCACACUUUGCCUUCACCCCCUGCGAGCAUUCCGGUUGAUGCCAAAUGUCAAAUAUUCCAAAUGCCAGACGUAAGAAAUGAAAUUAUGCUUGAAGUUCCUCCUGCAGAAAUAAGUGCAGAAGGAGUUCCAGAGCCUAUUGACCCUAGUAUUGAGAUAGUUCCUCCAGCCACUGAAACUGUCAUCACUCAAGACAUAGAUUUACCCAUUAUAGCAGAUUAUGAAAUUAAACAAAAUAUUGAUCCUAUGUAUGGAUUUAAAACGUUAAGACCUGAAGAAAUAAAAGUGCCUUCAGAGAAACCUAAGCUGACUCUUAUUUCCGCUGUAGCUAAUCAACGGAAGUUACUGCGAGAUUUAUUUGCUAUUUCAGGAUCUCUAGAAGAACAAGAGUAUUUCGGUGAAGUUCUUUUAGGCAUAAAACAAGUUAUUCAAGGUCACUUACAUGAUGUUCAAGGAAAAUUUCAAGAUAGAUUUAAUAGCCUAGAAAAUGAGGUGAGAAAACGUGAUGAAAUUAUCAGUCAACUUCAAAAACGUAUUCAAGAGUUAGAACGACUUGGCUUGCCAGGCAUCAGCCCUACAGAAGAUCAAGUAGAGCCUCCACAACAACCUUCAACUCAAACAGCUGACGAAAGUGCAGCAGAUACCCCCCUUUGUAAAAAUGGCAGCUCUGGUAGUGAAGACAUUUCAGGGGCCGAUGAAGGAUUUAUGAGAGGUGAUUCACUAGAUACAGUGUUUGCAACAUCUCCACCUACAGUAAGCGCAGAAGAAGAAGAAAAAGAGGUUCUAGAACCACCAUCAUCACCUAAAGAGUUAUUAACCACCGACGACAUUACGGAAGAAAAACUUGCAGAAAUGACGGAAGGAAUAGAAUUAGCCAAAUUAUCAUACUCAGAAAUCCAAAGCUUAGCUGAAAGAAUAUCAAGCAGAACAGAAAAAACGUACUCAAGUAAGGAACAAUGGACAGUAAGCAAGUCCAAAAGGUUAGAUUUAAAUUUAGAUGGCAAAGCUGGAACUUAUUCGAGAAAACGGGCAGCGAAAUUGAGGCAAAGGAAGUCAUGGGAGGACCAAAGUGAUCAAGAGAGCAUGGAAAUGCAAGAUUUAACGAGGCCUAUAUCUCCUCACGGGACUUCGGAGGAUCGUUCUCUGCUCAGUCCAGAACAAUCAAGCCUGAGGACCAGCAGACGCAGCAUGCGACCUUUCCAUUUCUUCGGCACACAUUUAGACAGCACCAAGUCAAAAAUAAAGAAGACCCUUUCUGUUGACACUGGAAUGCAUCAUACAGGAACGAAAGAGAAAAUUGAUUUAGGUCGGCAGCGGCACCAUCGCAAGUUCAGUCUCGGCUCAUUCUUCGGAUACCAUCGCGGUUCACACUCGAGUCACAAACCGGCACACAACUGCAACGACGUCGUUCUUGAUAUAGGAAGCGACUAUAGUUGGAGUGACACGAACUCAACAUCAUCAAGCAGCGAUUCAGAAUCAAUGCCUCGCACGCCGGUGUUCGAAGAAUUCGUAGAAAGCAGUUCAAGACGAGGCAGAGCCAGCAGUUCUAGUCACGGAAGUCUAUCUCCCAUAAGAACCAUGGCUGGGAGUGGCGGUGACUGGGAAGUGAUGAUGUUAGCCGAAGAACUGGACAAGAGGGAACGAGAGAAGGAAAGGGAAGAAAAUAGGAGGCACCACUAUUCCACUACUCUACGAGAGUUAGAAGAGGAAUCCGACACUCCACAGCGUGAAGACAGUCUCGACGAAUACUCCAACAUCGACGACUCUAACUCCUCGUCUACCACGCACCUUCUCUCCCAGUCUAUGAGUGAUCCCUCGCAGAGAUCACUGGAGACGUCGUUCACUGAACGCAGCAGUCGGACGGGCAGAGAGCCAAGGCAGCAAAGAGGGGGAUCAGUUGGAGAACCGAUCCGUUCAGAAUCCCCCCUAAGACAGAGAGGGUUGAUCUUGCGAGCAGCCAGUCUCGAUCGCGAGACCACUCCAGCGCCCGCGCAGACCCGCCGCUUUGGCUCUCUGAAGAGCGCCAGCACGGACUCGCACAAGAGACUCUGAUCCGGUUUGCCGCACGGAUCGAGCCGUGGGUCCGCUGACGUCAAUGGUGCAAACGCAGCUCAAAUUUAUUGUAACGAAACUUUAAACGAACAGGGAAAUGGAGGUGAAACCACAAGAGAGAGAGGCAUAGAUAGGAACGAACGAGAGAAUGAACUAAGUUUAAAUUCGAAUGUAAACGAUAGUAACGACGACCGGACGGUUGUCGGUCAAUUAUAUGUGGUGAUCGUUUUGUUCUACGAAGAUUACGAUUAUUUGAUAUUUUUAGUUAUAGAGUAGUUUAACGUACGAGUAUAUCACAUCAUGAACUGGUGCAGAUAUAUUUUCAUUUCAUUUCAGACUUAGGAUUGUGUAUCGCUGUUUCAAGUGACUGAUGUUACACUUGACUUUCGACUUGAAGUAUCACCUGUUAGCAAUAUCUGAGACAUUUUAAAUGGUGCAGUAUAUGAUCAGAUUUCUAUAAUUAGAAAUAUUAUUAGCACUCGAUUUUCAAUGUAUUGUCUUUUAGUAUUUUUUAUUUAGUAUUCAGGUCAGUUAACAAUUAACCAAUCCAAUUAACCAAUCCAUUUAGUUUUAAAUUAAAGUGUUACUCGAACCAUAAUACCUACUUAUCGAAUGUUACAAUCGAAUUUUAAUUAAUGCUUUAUUCAGUUUUUUUAUCAAAGUAGUAUUAAUGUCCAUAUUUUUAAUGCAGUGCCCUUGAUAUUAAGUAUUUUGGAAUGCACAAAAAUAAUAACAUUAUUGUGUGUAUUACCAAAUGUAAAAGUAAUAUAUGUUUAUGUAAAAAUAAAUGUGUCGAGUUCCUAGAAUGAGAAUAUAUAUUUAUUGUUAUUUUUAUUUAAACAUUGUAUAAUCAAGAAAUAUUUUUUUAAGUGAGUUAUCUCAAAUGUUUACUAUUGUUUCAAGUACCUAAUUGUACUAGGUUCCUAUAAAUAUUUAUAUAAAAUAAAGUAUAUAUCGAGCAAAAUGGCGGACUGUUGUUGUGUUGGAGGCCAAAACUCAUUUUGGGUCAUCGCGCCAGCCAAGUAAAUAGUAAGUAAAGUAUAUAUAAUUAUAACUUAUAGAAUUCAACGAUUUUUUUAUUUAUUUAAACAGACGUAUUUACAUUACUCAAAAACUAUAAUCAUUGAAUCUAGUGCCAAAAAUCUAGGUACUUAAUCAUAUUUGUAAUUUUCGGAUUCUAUUAGAUAUUCUAUACGUGUUAUUGUAUAAGGUUAUUUUACAAUAUUGUAAAUAUCGAAAUAACGGUUAUGUUAGAUAAUAAUGUAAAGGUUAAUGAAAGUUAAAGUAUACUUAUUAUAAAAGUAAAUAAUAAUUACGGCAUACACAAUUUGCAUUUAGGUCGAUGAUCUAAUGAAGUAAGGUAAGGUAGGCAAAGUUCUCCUAUGAGACAAGUGCACCUAGGUAUUCUUGAAAUACAAAUAGAACGUAAGGGUCCCAUAACCUACUUAACUUUUACCUUUAAGCGCCCGAUGUCGGGCCUGAUAAUCGUUUUCCGUUUCACGCAAAUCGUUAACAGUAUUUGAAAUUAAAAAAAAUGAUUCAUAUGCAAUAAUAUCAAACAUUGAACAUUUUUGGCAAUUACAAAGUAUUUUUUACAUGUCAAAUAUGGUAAAAGAUGUGCUGAUAUUUGGUGAAACGAAAAAAUUAUCUUACUCGGGUUCGACGUCGGGCCCGAUAGUGAGGGUGGAUGUAAUUGGCCCAUUACUGUUACCUAAUCAAAUUUACUCCCGGGAAAUGUGUUACGCUAGAAGUGCCUCUAAUCGAUGCAUUUGCCUCAUAGGUGCACUUUGUCCCAUGUGACUAUUGUUUGAAAAAUGGAACAAACGUUUUUAAAAUGCUUCUCGAUAACACCAUGUAAUGUAAUAUAUUAAUCAAAAGGAGUCAAAGUACCUAAAACUAAUUAAAUGUGCCAAACGUAUCCGCUAUUAAACGUAAAAUAUGAUCAAGAAAUAUUAUGUUGAACGAUAAUAGGCAAUUCAAUAAUCACCCAUCAUAUGGCAAGUGUAGAUAGGAUAAAAGGUGACACUAAGAUGAUUAUAAAUAUGUUUAAUUUUCUAUGUAGCUAAGCUAGUUUUAAAUCGAAGAUUCCUAUGUUAUGCCACGCCAUUUUUUUCUCUCAGUAAGCACUUCUUCUUCCUCGCGUCCUUCCCGGCAUUUUGCCACGGCUCAUAGGAGCCUGGAGUCCGCUUGACAACUAAUCCCAAGAUUUGGCGUAGGCGCAUCUGACCUUCCAACCCAGAGGGUAAACUAGGCCUUGUUGGGAUUAGUCCGGUUUCCUUACGAUGUUGUCCUUCACCGAAAAGCGACUGGUAAAUAAAUGAUAUUUCGUACAUAAGUUCCGAAAAACUCAUUGGUGCGAGCCAGGGUUUGAACCCGCGACCUCCGGAUUGCAAGUCGCACGCUCUUACCGCUAGGCCACCAGCGCUUACCCUCUCAGUAAGCACUUACCUAAAUAAUUUUUAAAGAUAGGUAGAUAAUCUAUUAUUUAACACAACUUUCGGCCCGAUUCGAAGAAUGAUUAAUACACGUUUAAGAUGUUGGAAAUAAUAACGAUAACUAAACGACAUAUCAAAAUUGACGUUCAUUUCGAUUCCGCUGUGAUCCCAAUAAGAUCUAUCUACGAUAUUUCUAACGUCAAAGUGACAUUGGUUGCCCGAAUCGAGCUGCUUUUGCCAAUUAUACGACAUACAAACGAUAUCUAAAUGAGAAUUUAUCUAAAGCCUUAUUGUUAUCGUAUCUCAUUCUUCGAAUCGGGCCGAUUGCUAUGUUCCUACAAAGUUAAAUGCCCGAUCACCCAC